CACAAGCGGCCCGAGCGGGCUGGAGUUGGAGCUGAGCGUGUCCCGGCCCCGCAAACCAUCUGGGGCCGGAGUUAACCCUUUCCUCGCCGCGCCCUGCCGGGAGCUGCUGCCCAGUGUAGACGUACCCUGGGUCAUUACUGAGCGCCUGGAACCUGCCCACUUUGCAGUGACGACGCAGGCGAAACCAUCUCGGACCUGUUAGCGAUUAACUUCAACAACUCCUGGAAGGGUCACUGGCCUAGUGGAGAAGCAGGAGACGUGAUAUAUCUUGAUUUUAGUAAAGGCUUUGACCUAGUCCCACGUGACAUUCUCACAAGCAAACUGAGGCAUGUGAUCUAGAUGAAAUGACUGUAAGAUGGAGACACAGCAGUCUCGGUGCUGAUUGUCCAGUAAAUGGCAGAAGAGAGCGCUGAAGUGACAACUGAUACCGGUAUUGGAAUGAAUGUCUCAAUACUGUUGAGUCAGAAACCAGUGGAAGAAAGAAGAGAAGUCGAUUUCAGCCUGAAAUGCAUUAAAGAUAAAUGGAUCCCAAUUACCGUUAUUGUCGUCAUCACAGCUUUGAUCAUCACCGUAAUUGCACUGGCGGCCAGGAAGCCUCCCCCCUGCCCACCCCACGUCACUGCUGCGUGCCCGGACGGCUGGGUGGGAUACCAAGGGAAAUGCUUCUACUUCUCAGAGACUGAAGAGAACUGGAACAACAGCCAGAGCCACUGCUCUUCCCUCAACGCCUCCCUGGCUUCCAUUGAUUCCCUGCCGGAGCUGGAUUUCAUGCUGCGCUAUAAAGGGAUCCCUUACCGCUGGAUUGGCCUCCAGAGGGAACAAGGCGAGGGCCAGCCCUGGAAGUGGACCAACGGUUUCAGGUCAGAGGGGAAGGGCACUGUGCCUACCUGGACGAAUAUGGGGUCAGCAGCUCCAGGUGCUACUCAGAGAGACAUUUUAUCUGCAAGCGGCCGGACGAGUGCUCUAGAAGGAAGCCAAGUGCUGCAGGAGGGAACAGAAUGUCUAAGAUCAUGUAAAGGACCAAUGCAGCCUCUUCACUGGAUGCAGAACUUACACAUACAUCAUCUCUUGUGCAGCAUCUGACCUCUCCAGCCAUUGCUCCCUCUAGAUCCUGGCUGAAAAAACAUCUUUACAAUGCUCACUGCACUAACUCUACUGCACAAUAACACCAUUGCCAUGGAGCUACCGAACAGAGGUUUUAGGGGCUUAAAUUUAAUAUUCCCUUAAUAGGUGAAGUGGAUAAAUUAUUUAAAUUAUGAAGAAUCCCUGCUUUUAUUUAUUUAAAAAAGAGUAUGUUUCUAGCUUCCUUGGUUUUGAAUAUACCCUGGCAAAUCAGAGUCAGCAGAGAGCUUGAAACAAUAACUCAGAAAAGUGCCCCGUUUAAUUAAUUGACUUGUUAACUCUGGAACCUAGUGAUGACCCCAACUUCUUUCUUUCUUUUUUCCUCUACGCUGCUUUUCCUGGUGAGGGUCGCAGCAGCAGCAUGGAGAGUAGGGAGGACCAGACCUCCCUUUCCUCCACAACAGAUUCCAGCUCCUCCUGGGGGAUUCCCAGGCCAGCUGGGAGAUAUAAUCCCUCCAGCAUGUUUUGGGUUGGCCUCCCAGUGGUACAUGUUCAGUAGAGUUCCAAAGGAAGCCAACCGGGGCAUCCUUAUUAGCUGCCCAAACCCCCUCUGCUGGCUCCUCUCAAUCCUCCUCUGAUUCUGGUCAUCACAAAGCUUGAUCCAGUCCACCUUGCAACGCCUCACUCCAUCUACAAGCUGAUUCUGCCAACCGGUGCGGCAUUCUGCGUUCCUUUCCCAAUCAUCCAGAGAGAUUCCAAAGGACACUAAGCUUUGCAAGCAUCCCGGGAUCUGUGCAGCGGCCUGCCUCUCUUUCUAGACCCUUCGCAAGUGUCAAAGUACUGCAAACUCUUCGGGAUCCUGCAAUCCGGCAUUCACGUGACAUGACCAAGCUGCCUGAGCCCUUUCUUACUAAUUAACGUUCCCGUAAAUGACAUGCCACCACGAUUUAGCACUUCCACAUUUGUCACCCCGUGUUGCUGCCAUCUUUGAAGAAUUUUACCCAAGCAUCUGACAUGGAAGCUAGUUAAUCUCCUGGUAUGUUUGGCAUAAGUCAUCCAUAUUUGAGUCCUAUAGAACAGUGGAUAACACACACGUCUUAUAAAUAUGGAUUUUCACUUUAAUUGGCCAUUUGUUGUUCCAGGAUCUAUCUUGCAAAAGACAAAAGUUCCCGGCUGCUUUGCUGAUUCUGCUAGUGAGCCCAGCAUAAAGAUCUACAUGGCUGGUAACGUUAGAGCCAAGGUAGCAAAAUUGGUCCACACCAUCCAGAUGAAUACCCCCUAAGGUGAUAUCUGGAACUGGCUCUGGGGCGUGAUAACUGCCUUCUUCAAGCUCCUUCUAGCCCAGAGAUUUGGCAUGAAUCAGAGCACUUGGUAAUAAGCUGUUGCAGGACAUCAACACGGUGAGCCACAGGGGCUGCAUUCUCUGCAAACAGCAGGUCCCUUCUGAUGAUCUCCUUCACCUUCGUCUGAGCUCUGCACCGUGCAGUGUUAAACCCCGCUCCGUCCUGUCUGGUGCUAGUACAGACACCCCCUCGGACAUCACGGAACGCACGUUCAAGCGGGAGUGGGAAGUAAAUACUAAACGGUGUAGGAGCCACUACGCAGCCCUGCUUCACUCCAUUGGUGAUGUUAAGCAACGUUAAAUGACUGGGGAUAAGUGUCACUUGAAAUACCAAUAACCAAUAAUACACUAACAUAUAACAAAGAGCUGCUCUAAAGACUUUACAAUCUAAGUGUAAGAAACAGUCAGGGAGAGAACCAGAGAACAAUGAGAGGAGAUUGUUGCAGGACUUUCAUUCUAACUGUCUAAGCCAGUGGUUUCCUGUGCUCCAUGGACCCCUGGGGAUCCACAGACCAUGUGUAAGAUUUACAGAGGGGUUCGCACCUCCAUUGGAAAUGCUGUAGGGCUCUGCAAAUGAAGAAAGGUUGCAAACCAAUGGUUUAAGCCAGGGGCUCUCAAACUGGGGGUCGGGACCCCUCAAGGGGUUGCAAGGUUAUUACAUGGGGGGUUGUGAGCUGUCAGCCUCCAUCCCAAACCCCACCGCCAGCAUUUAUAAUGGUGCUAAAUAUAUAAACAGGUGUUUUUAAUUCAUAAGGGGGGGGUCACACGCAGAGACUUGCUGUGGGGACGGGGUCACUGGUACAAGAGUUUGAGACCCACUGGUCUAAGCCAGGGGGCUUGGGGCAUUUGCAUCUUUCACCGUGACUAGGGGACCCUCUCGUUCUGCUUCUCUUCUCUGGGUGACCCCUGGACUGUCCCGCGAUAGACGCAUGGUAUGACCCAGGGACCCCUUAGUGCCACCUGGCAAAGGGGCCAGCGAGGUGCCUGGGGCGUGAGGUCUCACGUUCAAGCGCGUGUCACUGGUCACCACUGUCAUUGUGAAACACACGUGCAGCUGCUGUGCAAGCAGUUCUGUGUAAACACCGACCGUCAUGGUCCCAGUGUCUGUGUCCAGGCGGGUGGUCACCGGCAAAGGUGUGAACCGGGUUUUCUGUCAGACAAAGGCUGUUUGUGUCUCUCUGGCUGUCGGAUGGUUCACCGUGGGGCUAAUUUUGUUUC